AUGUCUACCGACUUGGACAACGACACUGAUCCUGUCGAGAAAAAAAGGCAAAUUCACCUCUCUAUACCUCCUCGUUUGUUGGUCCUCCCCCCUGCCUUCUUUAUUGCCGGUUCUCUCAUCGGUUUUAUUCGCGGAACACGCUCUGCGUCCCUAAGAUUUCUAGCAGAAAAUGCUCAUCGUCCACCCAGAACUCUUCAAGGAUGGUAUUUCUACAACAAAACCAAAAACUAUAAGGUUCUCCUUGCAGGAAGCAUAGGAGCUGUUAAAGAAGGAGCGAAGCUUGCCGUAGUAGGGGCAGGAUGGGCUGGAAUUGAAGAAGGCUUCGAAACGAAAGGAUGGCCAGGGAAAGAGAUUGCAGCAGGAACGGGCACGGCAGCAGUCAUCAGUGCACUUUAUCGGCUUGGAUGGCAGACAUCUGGGAGAACGGUAGCUCUCGGAGCGACAAUGGGCGGUGUAAUGCAAGCCCUUUUGGCCGGAAGGAAGUAUGUUGAAGAGCAUCAAAAAUUGGAAACUGAAGGCGAUGCACCAUCUGUGAAGUAAUUCUGUGAAAACUCGGUAUUUACAGGCCUAGAACGAUCGCACUCUGGAUGAAGUUCCGUUCCUUCUCGAAUCGACAUCAGCAGCAGCAUUUUCUUAUGGAAUCUAUGACAAGCUACUGAGCAUUGCAAAAAUAAAUAUGCUAUGGUCGUAAAUUACAACAUUACCAGUGACGAAAGAGUCUAAUAAGAAGACAUAGAUGAAGAUGAACUUCCGAGAGCACAGGGAAACAAGUAAAUUACCAACUGUUCUAUUUUUCGAAAUUAACGCUUGUCAAGUACGAAAAUAAAUU